CGAUCGUUACUGUAAUUAAAGCUACGCACAGUCCGGGAAACCGGUGUCAAGAGAGAAAGUGGGAGGAAAGUAUUUCGCGAUCGAGACAUUCCUAUGGUGGUGCUCAGGUAUUCUUCGGGCUUGGCCAAAAAUGGAGAACAGCAGCAAGCAACAGCGACGAUUCCUAUCGAGCUUCCCUCCGAACUUCUCCCGCUGGAAGAUGUACCUCGCGUCUACGUUUCUCCCAACUACUCAUUAAUAAUUAAUCGCGUGUCCGUUAUGUAAAGCAAUGAGUAAGCGGCAGAUAAAGUAGUCGACCGGCCAGUGAAAAUGGAAUCGCGCGAACAUUGCGCUCGCUGUCGCGCUAAAUCGAUUGUCCGUUAUAAGAACGACGACCCCUGUGAUCAUUGUCGACCCCACGUCCUGGAAAAGCGGACGGCCUUCUCUCCGAAAAGACACUCGCCUGAAUGUCCCAAGACCCGAACCUUCGAGGAAGAAGAACGGAGGAACGAGAUCGCCGCUUGCGUCGACAAAUUCGCUUUAGCGAAGAGGUUGCACGCAGAAAACCUACAACAUCAGCCGCUUCCGGAUCGGGUGGACGACUCCAUCUUCAGGAAAGAAUGUCGCGCUUGUUCAGCAAGCUACAAACGAAACGCAAAGUGGAAUCAGGAUCGAGCAAAUCUCGCAACGAGAAUGGAACACCGCUUCGCACCUGCACUCGGUUGCAAGAAGCCGGAAACCCGGAUGGACCUGGCGAUUUGCUGGGAAACGCCAAUAGAUCCGGUAUACGAACCUCGCAAAGCGACGCAUAUCGACGGUUCCGAGGGCGGCUCAGCCCCGGCGAUCUUUGCCAUGAUCCAGCACACACCGGUGCCGAAGAAUCGCGAGCUUCUGUCUCGUAACGAGGAGAGGAACAAGUGCGGUUGUACGAGGCAGAUCAAGGUGGAGAAAGACUCCACUUGUUCUUGCAACGAACUCUGUGGCGAACGGCGAUGCGAGAUCCCGUCGAGAUCAAAUUCCGUGCCGCGCAUCACCGAGCGCAAGUGCACGGCUUGCCGAGGCGGUGAAACGGAAGCGGAACUCGCGCGGCGAAGAAAGGAUCCGAGACUGAUUCGGUCUGCGGUGGGUUUCGCGCUCGGUCUCGAGGAAAAGCGCGGGCCGACAACGGGCGACGACGUCGCGCGCAGAAACGGAUUACCGCCGAUGAAGAUGACGGUGCCGCGGCCGAGGACUCCCUUCGCGAGGCGCGCCUUCUGCAUUGACACCCUGGCACCGCCGUUCAGCGUGAUGAAUGGCUGCCGAGAUGCCGAUUACCCCGAGCACUGGCGCCUCAUGUCCGUGUACCAGCAGUCGUACAGGAAUCCGCAAAAACGAAGGACUCGCCGCUUCUAGGCCGAGAAUGAGCCUGAUAA